GAGGGGUGGAGGGGGAGAUAGACCCAGCCCAGAACUCCCAGUGGUUUCCUGUUGCCUGGCUCUAAACCCCAGCACAUUCCUGCAGACUUUCAGACUGUCCGGACAGCCGCUCUACCCGCUGCCUGCCUGCCACUGAGGGUUCCCAGCACCAUGAGAGCCUGGAUCUUCUUUCUCCUUUGCCUGGCUGGGAGGGCCUUGGCAGCCCCUCAGCAGCAGGAAGCCCUGCCUGAUGAGACAGAGGUGGUGGAAGAAAGCGUGGCUGAGGUGGCCGAGGUACCUGUGGGAGCCAACCCUGUUCAGGUGGAAGUAGGAGAAUUUGAUGACGGUGCUGAGGAAGCUGAAGAGGAGGUGGUGACUGAAAACCCCUGCCAGAACCACCACUGCAAGCACGGCAAGGUGUGCGAGCUGGAUGAGAACAACACCCCCAUGUGCGUGUGCCAGGACCCCACCAGUUGCCCUGCCCCCAUUGGCGAGUUUGAGAAGGUGUGCAGCAAUGACAACAAGACCUUCGACUCUUCCUGCCACUUCUUUGCCACAAAGUGCACCCUGGAGGGCACCAAGAAGGGCCACAAGCUCCACCUUGACUACAUUGGGCCUUGCAAAUAUAUCCCACCCUGCCUGGACUCUGAGCUGACCGAAUUUCCCCUGCGCAUGCGGGACUGGCUCAAGAAUGUCCUGGUCACCCUGUAUGAGAGGGAUGAGGACAACAACCUUCUGACCGAGAAGCAGAAGCUGCGAGUGAAGAAGAUCCAUGAGAAUGAGAAGCGCCUGGAGGCCGGAGACCACCCCGUGGAGCUGCUGGCCCGGGACUUCGAGAAGAACUACAACAUGUACAUCUUCCCUGUGCACUGGCAGUUCGGCCAGCUGGACCAGCACCCCAUUGAUGGGUACCUGUCUCACACCGAGCUGGCCCCACUGCGUGCUCCCCUCAUCCCCAUGGAGCACUGCACCACCCGCUUUUUUGAGACCUGUGACCUGGACAAUGACAAGUACAUUGCCCUGGAGGAGUGGGCCGGCUGCUUCGGCAUCAAGGAGAAGGAUAUCGACAAGGAUCUCGUGAUCUGAACCCCAGCCUCCUUCCACAGUACCUGAUUCUCUCUCUUGGCCCUUCCCCUUCCUGUUUCCCCCAAUGUUUAAAAUGUUUGGAUGGUUUGUUGUUCGCAGGGGGAUGAGGUGCUAACAUAGAUAGAAAUGAAUACAUUAACGGUGCUAAAAAUGGAAAUUCUAACCCAAGUCAUGACAUUCUUAGCUGUAACCUGACUAUCAAAGUCUUUUGCUCACUCAUUAAUAGUCCCAUUUUUCUCUUGCCAUUUGUUCCAAUCUGCCUUAAGCACACAUUGCAUCUUCAGAUUUUCACUCUAUUAUUCUGUUUGAGACAUUAAUACUCUCCAAGCCAGACUUCAUGUUAAUUUUAUUUCAGGGUAUCGGCAGCCUGAGGGUCUCCCCCAGGUGGCCUGGAGGUGGGCAAAGGGAAGUAACAGACACAUGAGGUUGGCAAGCAUGUUUCUGGGGCUAGAGGAUCAGUGGUGGGAGAGAGCCCUGCAGAACCCAUCAACCACAACCUGGUUUGUCUGGGGCUGUGACUAAGAGAAAGAUUCUGGGGCUGUGUUAUAGAAGUGGAUGAGCUCUCACGGAAACCGAGUUCCUCACCAUUUCCUCCUUCACUUUUUGGUUUCUCUUCACAUUAGGCAGUUGGUUCCCUUUGGGCCCAUAGACUGUUGGUUCUCUGGGGGGUGGGUCAGCGCAUCCUACAGGGCUGCUCUUCUCCUGUCUUUUGAAGAUUUGGGCUUCUUUUUAGGAGCUUUGGGGACUGAGAGGCUGUUUCAGCCAGAAGGCCAAAAUCAAGGAUGAGAUGUAGAAAGUUGUGACAUAGUAAAAGUGGAGUUGGCAAAUUGGUUGUUUUUUCCUCCCACAUUUGGAUGGUUUUCAUAAGGUUUCUAGCAUGUUCCUCCUUUUAUCUCCCCCUCCUUUUUUCUUUUAUUAAUCAAGAGAAACUUCCAAGUCAAUGUGAUGGUCGGAUCUCACAGGCUGAGAACUCGUUCACCUCCAAGCAUUUCAUGAAGAAGCUGCUUCUUGUUAAUCAUAGAAACCUUCACCAUGAUGUGAAGAGUUUGACAAAUCUUUCAAAAUAAAAAGGAAUGACUUAGAAACUGC